AUGAGUAGCCGUGGCGUACCUACUGUGUGCCGCGUGCGCUGCCUGGAGCGGAACUAUGAGCUGGACCUGUCCGCGUUGCCAGCAACCCGUUUUCUUCGCGGCUGGUGGUCUGCGCACCACCCGCACCCACUCGGGUCUUCUCCCUUCCACCGAGAGCUCUGUGGGAGUAUGAAACCGGAGCGGGAUGGAGCUGGCCUCCUGGAGACACUCCUCUCCAGGGAGCAGGCUGAGAAGGUGAGCUCCCUGGGCAAGAACUGGCACCGCUUCUGCCUGAAAUGUGAGCGCUGUCACAGCGUCCUGUCUCCUGGCGGGCAUGCAGAGCACAACGGGAGGCCAUACUGCCACAAGCCAUGCUAUGGGGCUCUCUUUGGACCCAGGGGGGUGAACAUUGGUGGUGUGGGCUCCUACUUGUACAACGCCCCCACUCCCAGCCCUGGCAGCACCACUCCUCUCAGCCCCAGCAGCUUCAGCCCUCCCAGGCCAAGGACUGGCCUCCUCCAAGGCAAGAAAAGCCCUCCCCAUAUGAAGACAUUCACUGGAGAGACCUCGCUGUGCCCUGGUUGUGGGGAGCCCGUCUAUUUUGCUGAGAAGGUGAUGUCAUUAGGCAGAAAUUGGCACCGACCCUGUCUGAGGUGCCAGCGUUGCCGCAAGACCCUGACUGCUGGGAGUCAUGCUGAGCAUGACGGAGUCCCCUACUGCCACGUCCCCUGCUACGGCUACCUGUUUGGCCCCAAAGGUGUGAACAUUGGCGAUGUGGGCUGCUACAUCUAUGACCCAGUGAAGAUAAAAUUCCAAUGAGACGCUCACAGAAAAGGUCACCCUAACUCAGGCCUCCCAUCAUGCCCCUCAUGAUCCAAUGGGAGCUACAAAAAUCUCCAGUCCCAUGGGGGUUGGGGAUGGUGGGAUUGUGGGGACCUGGGCCUAGGUUCCAUGGUAGGCCAGAGAGUCUAGACUUUCUCUGCCAAUUUUUCCCUUUCCCAUUUCUAUCUGGUUAGUGAACAGCACAUUUUGAAGGGUAUCCUCCUCCUGGCCAUCACAACCCCUUUCCCCAGCACAUUCUAGAGCUUCAAGGUACUCAUAAAACUUGUGUUUAUUGAAUUUCUGCCUCUCUGGCUUCUCCAAUAAAAUGUUGG